AUGGACGACUUUAAAAAGUACAUACGCGCAAGAGUCUUUAUUUAUAUCGACGACCUUAUCAUAACCUCUGAAACCCCAGAAGAACACUUGGUAGAUAUCGAUGAAGUAUUGCGAAAGAUCGAAAUAAUUGGCAUGAAGCUGAAGGCGUCGAAAUGCGAAUUUGCAAAGGAAGAGAUCAAGUUUCUGGGAUUCAUCUUAAGCAAAGAAGGAAUAAGGCCCAACCCGGAUAAAACUAAAGCCAUCGACGACUACCCGCAGCCAACUAACUCGACAGACGUCAAAUCCUGUUUGGGAAUGUGCUCGUUUUUCCGAAGAUUUGUGCACAACUUUGCAGCCAUUGCAGCACCACUCAUCGCAUUGACAAAGAAGAAUACCCCUUUUGAGUGGACACUACAGUGCGAGGAAGCCAUGAAUCGCUUGGAGGAAGCAUUGACAUCUGCACCUAUUCUCGCAGCACCACGAUUGGGGAAGCCUUUUAUUAUAGAAACGGAUAGUUCGGCAAAAGGUAUCGCGGGAGUUCUUAAACAAGAACAGGAAGGCCUGGAACGAGUCAUCGAAUAUGCAAGUCGUACUUUGAGCAAACACAAAGCAAGAUAUCCAGCAAUCGAGCUCGAAGCAUUAGGAUUGGUUUUUGCAGUACAAAAAUUCCGACCGUAUAUCGACGGAGCGAAGUGCACGAUCAUUACGGAUCAUGCACCUCUCAAGGCGUUGCUGCAUCGAAAGGAUCUUACCGGAAGGCUAGCCAAGUAUCAGAUCGUGCUUCAGGAGUUCGACGUUACCAUUAUAUACCGACCGGGGAAGAAGAAUGCUGUCUGCGAUGCGCUAUCUCGACAUUUACCAACGAAUGCCAUUACAAGUGUCACCAUGGACAACCUGCAACUGGACACUGUACGUCAGGAGCAAGGACUUUCUCCGGUCACGCCCCGGAAUUGUAACAUGGGAAUUUAUGAUAAUGGGUUAAGGCCGCACAAAGAAACACAAUGUACCGGCCUUACACUGCUUAUUUGGAGGAAACUUACUAGUUUAUGCGUAUGUUUCACAGCCGACAUACGUCAGUACGAGUUUGAUGCAGCGCGCCCAGGGCUUGGCGGGGGUAGCGCUUUCGCAAGCUGA